AUGGCUCACCAUCCGUCGUUCACUUUAGCCGGCCUCUUGGCUGUUGGCGGCACCGCAGGAUUCCUAAAGACGCAGUCCAAACCAUCACUCAUCGCGGGCCUUGGACUUGGAGCUGCUUAUGCAUACUCAGGCAAGUAA